UCGCAGGAAGAGAAACAUUCAGAAAGACGAAUAUGACAACUCCAAAAUUAUAAUUUCAGUCUUCAGUUAAUUUUGGUGUUUCAAUAUUUUUGUGGCUUUCAAUGAAAAUUGAGUCAUAUUAAAUAGUCGAUCAUCAGAGGACUAUCUUGUUAACUUCCUCCGCAAAAGAUUGAAUAUGAUUUCUUCUGCAUAUUUAAUGGUUCCUUUUGUUUCCUUCAUUUUGUUCAUCAUUUUCUUUUUCAAAUGGCAACUCAUUACAGGUUCAGCAGCCGGGAAAAGGUUACCUCCAUCUCCACCAAAGUUUCCCGUGAUUGGAAAUCUUCAUCAAGUCGGCUUAUACCCCCAUCGCUCGCUGCAAGCAUUAUCCAAACGCUAUGGUCCACUAAUGCUGGUUCAUCUCGGACGGGUGCCAGCAGUUAUUGUCUCGUCUGCUGAUGGAGCUCGGGAAAUAAUGAAAAAUCAGGACCUGAUUUUCUCAAACAGGCCGAAAUCUAGACUUCCUGAUGAAGUUGCUUAUGGGUCUAAGGACAUAGCUUUUUCUUCUUAUGGUGAGCACUGGAGGCAAGUGAGAAGUAUAUGUGUGCUUCAGCUUUUGAGUAACAAGCGGGUUCAAUCUUUUCGUUAUAUAAGAGAAGAAGAAACGUCCCUAAUGAUCGAUAAGAUUAGAAAUUCAUCUUCAUCAUUGAUAAACUUGAGCGAUAUGCUGGUCUCGCUUGCUAAUUGCAUUGUAUGUAGAGUGGCCGCGGGAUGGAAAUAUAGUGGAGAAGACACAAUCAAGAAAUUGGAGUCAAUGUAUAAGGAGUUUGGGGAGUUAUCAGGUACAUUUAAUCCAGGAGAUUAUAUUCCUGGGCUUAGUUGGAUUAAUCGAGUCAAUGGUUUUGAUGCGAGAGUAGCGAAAUUGGCCAAACUCUUUGAUGAAUUUUGGGAAAGAGUAAUUGAAGAGCACAGAGGUCGAAAGAAAGGAGAGAGAAACAUAAGCAAUGAAGUUGGAGAACCAGAUCUUGUGGACAUAUUGCUCGAAAUUCAGAAAGAAAACAAGUCGAGUUUCGAUAUUAAAACUGAUAUCAUCAAAGCUGUCAUUUUUGAUAUGUUCGGUGCAGGGACGGAUACAACAUCUACCGCUUUAGAUUGGGCACUGACAGAGCUUUUAAGGCAUCCAAAAAUCAUGAAGAAACUGCAGAACGAGGUAAGACAAGUAGCCAGACAUAAAUUAGAAAUAACCGAAGAUGAUCUAGAGAAAAUGCCCUAUUUAAAGGCAGUGAUCAAAGAGAGCCUAAGAGUACAUCCUCCACUUCCUUUACUGCUCCCUCGAGAAGCAAUGCAAGACAGCAAAGUAAUGGGAUAUGACAUUGGAGUUGGAACUCGAGUGAUCAUCAAUGCAUGGGCAAUAGCAAGAGAUCCGGUGUUGUGGAAAAAUCCCGAUGAUUUUAAUCCAGAAAGGUUUCUUAACACCGGAAUUGACUUCAAAGGUCUUAACUUUGAGUACAUUCCAUUCGGCUCUGGUCGGAGAGGCUGCCCUGGUAUUCCAUUUGCCAUGGCGGUUGAUGAGCUUGCGUUAGCAAAAUUAAUGCUUAAUUUCAACUUCACAUUGCCAAUUGGAGUAAUGGAAAAGGAUUUGGACAUGAGUGAACACCCAGGACUCACUGUCCAUAAAAAGCUUCCUCUACUGGUGAUGGCCACUCCUCAUUCUCCCUCUCUCUAAUCUACUUCUUGUGGUCCUUGCAAUAAAAUGUUAAAUCUGAUCCUAUCGUUGUCAAAAAAAAAAUGUCAAAUGUAUUUGUACUUGAGAUUUUGUAUCAUUGUAUUUGCAGUAAAAAUAAAAUUGUGCACUUGAUAGUCUUAUUGUA